AUGGCUACGAACGGCACCAAAGCAGAUGGACAAGUAACAGAACUUAACGAAGUGGCAACUAAUGACAAACCCAAGUCACUGGACGUGAAAGGGGAAAAUACGAAAAAGGAUCUUCCCGAAAGAGAAACAUGGGGAGGGCGAUUCGAUUUCCUUCUGUCGUGUGUAGGUUAUGCAAUUGGACUGGGCAACGUAUGGAGAUUUCCAUAUCUCUGUGGAAAAAACGGUGGAGGAGCCUUCUUGAUCCCCUAUUUUUUGACACUCAUAUUCGCUGGGAUGCCCCUGUUCCUGCUGGAGACUGCUCUUGGUCAAUACACCUCAAUUGGUGGGCUUGGAGUCUGGAAACUGGCUCCCGUAUUCAAAGGUGUUGGCCUUGCAGCAGCUGUCCUGGCCUUCUGGCUUAACAUUUAUUACAUUGUCAUCAUUGCCUGGGCCAUUUACUAUCUCUACAACUCCUUUACCACUGAACUUCCAUGGAGCUCAUGUGGCAAUCCAUGGAACACAGAAAAGUGUUACUCAAACUACAGUAUAGUUGAUAACACCAAUCUUACCAGCGCGGUGAUGGAGUUUUGGGAGCGCAACAUGCAUCAAAUGACUGAUGGCUUGGAAAAACCAGGGCAGAUCCGAGCACCACUGGCAAUAACACUGGCCAUCGCUUGGGUCCUAGUGUACUUCUGUAUCUGGAAAGGGGUGAGCUGGACUGGCAAGGUUGUGUACUUCUCGGCCACGUACCCCUAUUUCAUGCUUUUCAUUCUGUUCUGCCGUGGAGUGACUCUACCUGGAGCUAUGGAUGGAAUUCUCUUCUAUAUCACCCCUAACUUUGAAAAACUAAAAGAAUCUGAGGUAUGGCUGGAUGCUGCCACUCAGAUAUUUUUCUCCUACGGUUUGGGACUGGGCUCACUGAUAGCUCUUGGCAGCUAUAACCCUUUUAAUAAUAAUGUUUACAGAGACUCUAUCAUAGUGUGCUGCAUCAACUCCUUCACCAGCAUGUUUGCGGGCUUUGUCAUCUUCUCUAUUGUGGGCUUCAUGGCGAAUGUGACUAACAGACCAAUACAAGAAGUCGCAGCUUCAGGUCCAGGCCUGGCUUUUCUGGCAUACCCCGAGGCUGUGACCCAGCUGCCUAUUUCUCCUCUCUGGGCUAUCCUGUUCUUCUCCAUGCUGCUGAUGCUGGGGAUUGACAGUCAGUUCUGCACAGUGGAGGGCUUUAUAACAGCUCUGGUGGAUGAGUUUCCCAGGGCACUGAGGGGCAGGAGAGAGCUCUUCAUCGCUGCUGUCUGCCUGGUCUCUUACCUGAUCGGCCUGUCCAACAUUACACAGGGAGGCCUGUACGUGUUCAAGCUCUUCGACUACUACUCUGCCAGUGGGAUGUGUCUGCUCUUCCUGGUCUUCUUUGAGUGCAUCUCUAUAUCCUGGUUCUAUGGUGUGAACAAGUUCUAUGACAACAUCCAGGAGAUGAUUGGCUACAAGCCCUGUAUAUGGUGGAAGCUGUGCUGGGUCUGUUUCACUCCUCUCAUCGUGGCCGGGGUGUUCCUGUUCAGUGCAGUCCAAAUGGUUCCUCUCACCUUGAACAACUACGUGUUCCCUGCCUGGGGCCAGGGAGUGGGCUGGCUCAUGGCUCUGUCCUCCAUGGUCCUCAUUCCUGGUUACAUGGUCUACAUGUAUCUCGGACUCAAGGGCACCUGGAAAGAGCGCCUGCAGAUAAUGUUUCAGCCGCCUGCAGUGGUCCGACGGCCACAGGAGAAUGGGCCUGAGACAGUGGUUGCGGAGACCAACAUAGCUAGUCCGUCUGACCCGGCCAACCCAGUUAACCUGGCCAACCCAGUUAGCCCUGCCAACCCAGGAAGCCCUGGCAACCCAGCUAGUUCUGGCAACCCGGCUAGUUCUGGCAACCCAGCUAGUCCUGCCAACCCAACUGCUACAAGCCCGGUUGCUGUAGCCCCGGCCAGCCCAACACCUCCAGCCAUUCCAGUUACUCUGGCUAGCCCUGUGAACCCAACCAGUCCGACCGUCCCAACCGUCCCUACCGUCCCUACCGUCCCUAUCACUCCAGCCAACCCAACCAGCCCUACCAGCCCACCACCCAAUCCAGUUAGCCCAACACCAACUGAGCCAGCCAUCCCACCACCCAAUAUAGCGAGCUCAACCAACUCAACCAACCUUACCAACCUAACCAACGCAGAGGCCAAUGUCUAG